UGUGUGUGUGUGUGUGUGUGUGUGUGUGUGUGUGUGUUGCGUGCGCGCGCGAGCGCGCGCUUGAGUGGCACGUUCCUGGGUGUGAGACCCAAAUCAAGACCAGGACCUUUGAUGUCCCCGCCCUCCCCGCGUCGCCGGAAAGGAAAUCUCUCAAACCCUCGACACCCGCCACCCCUCUCCGAAGAGUGCCACCGCGGAGGUGCUCAGAACCGGAAGGGGACGCUUUGGGAAUGACCAUGCUCUACGGAGGGACAGAGCCUGCCCCCAGCUUCUCCACACAGAGACUCCUCUACUAAAGCUCCAAAAAAAUUAAAAAGAAAAAAAAAGAAAAAAGAAAAAAAGAAUCCAAUCUGUAAUUGCUGAAGACUCCUUAAAUAUAUAUAUAUAUAUAUAUAUUCGGGCUACUAACCUCACAUGCACAUGGGAUAAUGACUCUGGAUUCUGCAUUGUGAGCUGCUCUCCACACCCUGAGAUCCCCUCUUACAUUACAUUUUUUCCUUUGAAUUUGCAUCUCGUCAAGACACAAGAUUAAAACCAAAUUUACACUACACUGGAUUUUAAAUUUUCUUCCGUUCCUUUAUCCUCCGUCUUUCUUAUGUGGAUAUGCAAGCGAGAAGAGGACCCUGGAUAUUCCCAACAUGCUCUCUCCCUUAAUCUGUCCGCCUAGAGGUUUGGCGUCUACAAACCAAGAGAGCCGACUAGCUGAAGAUGAAGCCCAGCGCAGAGUGCUGUUCCCCCAAGUUCUGGUUGGUGUUGGCCGUCUUGGCCGUAUCAGGCAGCAAAGCUCGUUCCCAAAAGAGCCCCCCCAGCAUCGGCAUCGCUGUCAUCCUCGUGGGCACUUCAGACGAAGUGGCCAUAAAAGACGCCCACGAGAAAGAUGACUUCCAUCAUCUCUCAGUAGUUCCCCGGGUGGAGCUGGUAGCCAUGAACGAAACUGACCCAAAGAGCAUCAUCACCCGUAUCUGCGAUCUUAUGUCUGACCGGAAGAUCCAGGGGGUGGUGUUCGCGGAUGACACCGACCAAGAAGCCAUCGCUCAGAUCCUCGACUUCAUUUCUGCUCAGACUCUCACCCCCAUCCUGGGCAUCCAUGGGGGCUCAUCUAUGAUAAUGGCGGAUAAGGAUGAGUCCUCCAUGUUCUUCCAGUUUGGCCCGUCUAUCGAACAGCAAGCUUCCGUCAUGCUCAACAUCAUGGAAGAAUAUGACUGGUACAUCUUUUCCAUCGUCACCACCUACUUCCCUGGCUACCAGGACUUUGUGAACAAGAUCCGCAGUACCAUCGAGAACAGCUUCGUGGGCUGGGAGCUCGAGGAAGUCCUCCUGCUAGACAUGUCUCUGGACGAUGGCGACUCUAAGAUUCAGAAUCAGCUGAAGAAGCUCCAAAGCCCCAUCAUUCUCCUUUAUUGCACGAAGGAGGAAGCCACCUACAUUUUUGAAGUAGCUAACUCAGUUGGGCUGACUGGCUACGGCUACACGUGGAUUGUGCCGAGUCUGGUGGCCGGGGAUACGGACACGGUGCCUUCAGAGUUCCCCACGGGGCUUAUCUCUGUGUCUUAUGAUGAAUGGGACUAUGGCCUUCCUGCCAGAGUGAGAGAUGGAAUUGCCAUCAUCACCACUGCUGCCUCGGACAUGCUGUCCGAACACAGUUUCAUCCCUGAGCCCAAGAGCAGUUGCUACAACACCCACGAGAAGAGGAUCUACCAGUCUAACAUGUUGAAUAGGUAUCUGAUCAAUGUCACUUUUGAAGGGAGAAACCUGUCCUUCAGCGAAGAUGGCUACCAGAUGCAUCCGAAGCUGGUGAUAAUCCUUCUGAACAAGGAGAGGAAGUGGGAGAGGGUGGGGAAAUGGAAGGACAAGUCCCUGCAGAUGAAGUAUUAUGUGUGGCCUCGGAUGUGUCCUGAGACUGAGGAGCAAGAGGAUGACCAUCUGAGCAUUGUCACCUUGGAGGAGGCGCCAUUUGUCAUUGUGGAAAGCGUGGACCCUCUCAGUGGAACCUGCAUGAGGAAUACAGUCCCGUGCCAGAAGCGCAUCAUCUCUGAGAAUAAAACAGAUGAGGAACCAGGCUACAUCAAAAAAUGCUGCAAGGGGUUCUGUAUUGACAUCCUUAAGAAAAUUUCUAAGUCUGUGAAGUUCACCUAUGACCUUUACCUGGUGACCAAUGGCAAGCACGGGAAGAAGAUUAAUGGGACCUGGAAUGGCAUGAUCGGUGAGGUGGUCAUGAAGAGGGCCUACAUGGCAGUGGGAUCACUAACUAUCAAUGAAGAACGGUCAGAGGUGGUUGACUUCUCUGUACCCUUCAUAGAAACUGGCAUCAGUGUCAUGGUAUCUCGCAGCAAUGGGACUGUGUCACCUUCUGCCUUCUUAGAGCCAUUCAGCGCUGACGUGUGGGUGAUGAUGUUUGUGAUGCUGCUCAUUGUUUCUGCGGUGGCUGUCUUUGUCUUUGAAUACUUCAGCCCUGUGGGUUACAACAGGUGCCUAGCCGAUGGCAGAGAGCCAGGAGGCCCAUCUUUCACCAUCGGCAAAGCAAUUUGGUUACUCUGGGGUCUGGUGUUUAACAACUCCGUACCUGUGCAGAACCCAAAGGGGACCACCUCCAAGAUCAUGGUGUCAGUGUGGGCCUUCUUUGCUGUCAUUUUCCUGGCCAGCUACACUGCCAACUUAGCAGCCUUCAUGAUCCAAGAGGAGUAUGUGGACCAGGUUUCUGGCCUGAGUGACAAGAAGUUCCAGAGACCUAAUGACUUCUCACCCCCUUUCCGCUUUGGGACUGUGCCCAAUGGCAGCACAGAGAGGAAUAUCCGUAAUAACUAUGCAGAAAUGCAUGCCUACAUGGGAAAGUUCAACCAAAGGGGUGUAGAUGAUGCAUUGCUCUCCCUGAAAACAGGGAAGCUUGAUGCAUUCAUCUAUGAUGCAGCUGUGCUCAACUACAUGGCUGGAAGGGACGAAGGCUGCAAACUGGUGACCAUUGGCAGUGGCAAGGUCUUUGCUUCUACCGGCUAUGGCAUUGCUAUCCAAAAAGACUCCGGGUGGAAGCGCCAGGUGGACCUGGCUAUCCUGCAGCUGUUUGGAGAUGGGGAGAUGGAAGAACUGGAAGCUCUCUGGCUCACUGGCAUUUGCCACAAUGAGAAGAAUGAGGUGAUGAGCAGCCAGCUGGACAUCGACAAUAUGGCAGGUGUCUUCUAUAUGUUGGGGGCAGCCAUGGCCCUCAGCCUCAUCACCUUCAUCUGUGAGCAUCUGUUCUAUUGGCAGUUCCGGCAUUGCUUCAUGGGUGUCUGUUCUGGCAAGCCUGGCAUGGUCUUCUCCAUCAGCAGAGGUAUCUACAGCUGUAUCCAUGGGGUAGCCAUAGAGGAGCGCCAAUCCGUGAUGAACUCCCCCACUGCCACCAUGAACAACACCCACUCCAACAUCCUACGCUUGCUCCGCACGGCCAAGAACAUGGCCAACCUGUCUGGAGUAAACGGCUCCCCUCAGAGUGCCCUGGACUUCAUCCGCCGAGAGUCCUCCGUCUACGACAUCUCUGAGCAUCGUCGCAGCUUCACGCAUUCAGACUGCAAGUCUUACAAUAACCCACCCUGUGAGGAAAACCUGUUCAGUGACUACAUUAGCGAGGUAGAGAGAACAUUUGGUAACCUGCAGCUGAAGGACAGCAAUGUGUACCAAGACCACUAUCACCAUCACCACCGGCCACACAGCAUCGGCAGCACCAGCUCCAUUGAUGGGCUCUAUGACUGUGACAACCCACCCUUCACCACCCAGCCCAGGUCAAUCAGCAAGAAACCCCUGGACAUCGGCCUGCCCUCCUCCAAACAUAGCCAGCUCAGCGACCUGUAUGGCAAGUUCUCUUUCAAGAGUGACCGCUACAGUGGCCACGACGACUUGAUUCGAUCGGAUGUCUCCGACAUCUCCACGCACACUGUCACCUAUGGGAACAUCGAGGGCAACGCAGCCAAGAGGAGGAAACAGCAGUAUAAGGACAGUCUAAAGAAGCGGCCAGCCUCGGCCAAAUCGAGGAGGGAGUUUGAUGAAAUCGAGCUGGCCUACCGUCGCCGACCACCCCGCUCCCCGGACCACAAGCGCUACUUCAGGGACAAAGAAGGGCUCCGAGACUUCUACCUGGACCAGUUCCGAACAAAGGAGAACUCGCCUCACUGGGAGCACGUGGACUUGACUGACAUUUACAAAGAACGCAGUGACGACUUCAAGCGAGAUUCGGUCAGUGGAGGUGGGCCCUGUACCAACAGGUCUCACCUCAAACACGGAACGGGCGAGAAGCACGGAGUGGUAGGCGGGGUGCCUGCUCCUUGGGAGAAGAACCUGACCAAUGUGGAUUGGGAGGACCGGUCUGGGGGCAACUUCUGCCGCAGCUGUCCUUCCAAGCUGCACAAUUACUCCUCGACGGUGGCAGGGCAGAACUCGGGCCGGCAGGCCUGCAUCAGAUGUGAGGCCUGUAAGAAGGCUGGUAACCUGUACGACAUCAGCGAGGACAACUCCCUGCAGGAACUGGACCAGCCGGCUGCCCCCGUGGCUGUGACAUCCAACGCCUCCAGCACCAAGUACCCUCAAAGCCCGACUAAUUCCAAGGCUCAGAAGAAGAAUCGGAACAAACUGCGCCGGCAGCAUUCCUACGACACCUUCGUGGACCUGCAGAAGGAGGAGGCCGCCUUGGCCCCACGCAGCGUGAGCCUGAAAGACAAGGGCCGAUUCAUGGAUGGGAGCCCCUACGCCCAUAUGUUUGAGAUGCCAGCUGGUGAGAGCUCCUUUGCCAACAAGUCCUCAGUGCCCACUGCCGGACACCACCACAACAACCCCGGCAGCGGCUACAUGCUCAGCAAGUCGCUCUACCCUGACCGGGUCACGCAAAACCCUUUCAUCCCCACUUUUGGGGAUGACCAGUGCUUGCUUCACGGCAGCAAAUCCUACUUCUUCAGGCAGCCCACGGUGGCAGGGGCGUCAAAAACAAGGCCGGACUUCCGGGCCCUUGUCACCAAUAAGCCAGUGGUGUCAGCCCUUCAUGGGGCUGUGCCAGGUCGUUUCCAGAAGGACAUUUGUAUAGGGAACCAGUCCAACCCCUGUGUGCCUAACAACAAAAACCCCAGGGCUUUCAAUGGCUCCAGCAAUGGACAUGUUUAUGAGAAACUUUCUAGUAUUGAGUCUGAUGUCUGAGUGAGGGAAGAGAGAGAGGUUAAGGUGGGUACGGGAGGGAUAGGGCUGUGGGCCGCGUGGUGCGCAUGUCAUGGAAAGAGUCGGGGGUGAACUUGGCUCCCAUUCGCUUUUUCUUCUUCUUUUAAUUUCUCUAUGGGAUCCUGGAGUUCUGGUUCCUUACUGAAGGCAACCCUCGUGGCCAGCACCAUUUCUCCUCCCUCGCGCAGUUCUCUCCUUCCCGCAUCUGUCCACCAUUCCUGUUUCCAUGAGAGAAUAGAACGGGGCCUCAGUGUGGGAGGAUGGAGAGGAGACCAAAGCGCUGCCUGUGUGCUUCUUUCUAGCGCAGAAGGGCUCUUAGCAGUUCACUUUGAGCGAGGCUUUCCUGAUGCUGCUCUCUUUGUUCAGGUGAGGAAGCGAAGGUGUUCUGAGGAAGGCCAUUGAACCUCCUGUUCAUAAGAGAGAAGAGGCUUUCACUGAAUUCUUGCCGCGUGGUUGACAUCUGCAGAGGGACCAUGUACCGAGCAGAGGGCAGGAAGUCAUUGUGUAUAUAUAAGCCAAAAAGAUAAAUAAAAAUCUUCUUCAGCUCCAGAAGCCUCGUGGGCGGUGAACCAAGGGGGAAGGCCAUUGGUUCCGAACCGAGUAGGUAGUUCAGUGCUAUGGCGUCCCAUGGUGCAUUGGAAGCAAGUGUAUGGGAUUGUGCAUGCACAUCUGUCCAUGUACGAUUGCACCCACAUGUAGUCAGGUGCCUCUGAGUAUAGAGAAUGAAACCUGGACUGACUGCUUCCUUUCAUACAUGUAUGCAAUGUGCUUGUUUUUUGGCUUAUAUAUAAACCGAUGUCACAGGUUACCCCAAUUUGGGCUAUCUCUCCCUUUUUCCUUCUUGAGUGAAGGUAGAGGUUAUGGAAAAGAGAAGGUUUUGUGUUGCAGAAAAGACAACAGAAGGGAAUGAACAGAACCGAAACAACCCUACAAAAUAAUGUUAUCAGUAGUUGGCCUAUGCUCUCUGCCAGCUUGAGCAGAGAACUUUUCAGUAAGGCUUAAGGGAAAUCAAAACAGCUAUGAGUCCUUUAUCCAUCCUUAGAGCCGAGGUUCCAGAAAUCUCCUCUAGUCAUUUAGCCCCUUAACUGGUUGAGGUUUCAGGGAGAGUUCUUCCUAUAAGGCUUUGAAGAAGAGAGUCCUUACGGUAGGGUAAGUGAGAGAGGGGGUGUUUUUAGUCAUUUACGGUAGGGUAAGUGAGAAAGGGGGAUGUUUUCAAUGCUUUGAUCCCUUCUUACUUAACCUAAAGCUGAAAAAGCAAGCAAAGUCCCCCCAGGGUUGGAGAUAAGUCAAGGGGACACGCAGGGGGAAGAGAAAUGAGCUUGGGAACAUCUCUGGAAGCCAAAGAGAAUGACGGAGAUUGAGAAGCAGGAGCCUGGCUCCCUAGGCAUGUGACUUGAACUAGUGCAAAUGCUUCUGAUAGACACCUUCCUCUCCUGCGACCUCAGUUCCCUCUCAGAUUGUACCACUUGACAGUAAAUGUACGCGUGUGUGUGUGUGUGUGUGCGUGUGUGUGUGUGUGUGUGCGCGCGCGCGCGUGUGUGUGUGUGUAAAACUCCAGGGAUGGGGGUACUGGCAGGUAUGAUGCCCCCUUACUUAAAGUUGGAAAAUCAAGAAGGGAAAUGAAUAUAUGUCACUGCCCAUCCUGAAACUUGGGGUAGGGGUGUUCUAUGGGUCAAUCCUGCUGCCCUGCCCUCCCCUCACACAGGGUGGCAUCCAAAGAGCCCUGGGUCUAUCUGGAAGUUUGACUGCGGGAUCGCCUUGUCGCACACAGGACACAUAAACCAGAAAGGUGCUUAUCCUCCUCUGGAACGAAGCUGCCAUGUCUCUUCACGUCACACCCUCCUGGCCUGCUUCUUGCCUUCCUGGUCGCCCUGCCUCACGGCCUUCCCUCAUUCCCAUCCUCGACUGCUGUCUCCUACCUUCCUCCUUGGCUUAUUUUUUUUUUACCUCAGUAUCUUUCAUUUCAAUGCCAACCGAAGGCCUUGUUUUCUUUCUAAAAUGAACGUGGGGGCAAGGGGCUGAACCUCUCAACAGUUUGGAGAGAGGCGGAGUGCUUUAUGUGAGGUUCCAGGAAAGACUCUGAGAGAGGACAGAGGGCGUGAGGCAUCUCCCAGAGGAAGAAGGAGAGGGGCCAUAGAAACCUUGCUUCACUCUGGCUCUGUCCAAGGGCCAGGGCUCAUCCCCCACUCUUCCUCUUACCUCACCCUUUAAAAUUAAAAAAAAAAAGUAAAAAACAAAAGGAGAAAAAAAAAAACGAACCAGCUAACUAGCGAACAGCAAUCUAGAAAACAGGGGGCUCUGAUGGUCUCCACAGGCCACAGAAAUCAAGAUGGUGUUUAUUUGGUAUGUAAAUAUUUUGUUUUCUAAUUAAUUUUGUAUAGAUAAAGUGUUCUCCUGUGAGUAUUCAGGGUGUUGAGCUGGAGGGAGUGGGGUGGGGAUGGGAAUGAGGGGGGGAACUGUUUCGUUACAGGUUUUCAUUUUCAGUUGGGGAAUUGUUUGACAUGGCCUUUGCUUCAGAGUUUCUGGAAAAAAAAAAAGUUAAUGGGAACAGAAGCCACUGUGGUGACUAAGCCAGGGGAAAGCCAUUCAUGUCCAUGCCCCGUCUCUGAAACCUGUCUUCCUGCUGAUCUGCGAGAAAUGAGCGCGCACUUUAACCUGAGUUUUGCUGGGUCUGUAUCAGCACUAAGCAAAACUGGGUCUGAUUCUUGUCUUUUAGGGAGACCAUAGGAAACCAUCAACCUGUCGAAAACAAGCUGGUGGCAUCAGAUUUUUCCCCCUGUCAGUACCUGGGCUUACAAAGGUUCCCCAAAAGGGCUUGAAAAAGAAUUGAGGUCCAGUUACCUCCCAUUCUUGCACAUGGCUGAGAGAUUUCAGGAAGCGAGUAUCUGAGGAAUCUCACAGCAGCCUUCUCUGAUGCUCAACGAUCAUCUUACCAUUCUGGUCCUUCAUCCUCUGGUACCCCAGCUCUGAGCACCCCACCCCUCUACCUCUGCCUACCUGUAGAAAUGACCACUUCAGGCACACCCAAGAAAUCUCCACUAAUUCUACUUAAGCAUGUGGUUUUAGGCUGUAGGAGGAUAGCAAUGGAUACGAGGGUCUUACAGACGUAUAUGCUUUUCUAUAAGAGGUCACCAGAUUCCCUCAAAACUAGCAAGGUAACUAAAACUAGUUUUAGAGGUGGGCAAGCGGGUGUGUGAGGGACAGUAUCAAUGGUGGCUUUAGAGUUACCCUGUUCUUGUUACUGCCAUUAGGAAGGUGCUAUUUUGUUCAAGUCAGGUAUCCCAAAUCUGAUUUGGGGCUAACCAGACAAAUAGAAUUUCUUUCACUGGAUUGUUGACUUUGUGAAAGAUAGCAGUUUCUUUCUCUCUCUCUCUCUCUCUCUCUCUCUCUCUCUCUCUCUCUCUCUCUCUCCUAAAUUGAUAUGCCCAGCCUACUGCAUUUUCUCCCCUAUUCUCCUAUCAUCAGAGACUGUCAGCUGGGAAAUUUAACUAUUCUAAACCCCUUAUUUGGCCUCAAUUAAUCAUCUCUCUCCAACUGGAUACUGGAAUUGGGACCAAAGUAAGGUCUUCAUGGCCUGCUACAGAACGAAUAAGAAAAUUAAGUCUGUCAAGCUUUAGAUGUAAAACUCCAUAACAGCAAGUCAGUAGAAUACUAAGAAUUCAACAGCCGUCCCCAUCUCCAUUACUGAUGGAUAUGGACCAAGACCCAAUCCAUCCAAAACUGUGAGGUUCUGCAGAGCCCUGAGAACAUCCUAUGUUCCAUGGUGUCCUUCAGAAUCCAUGCUUCCUCUCAUGAGUGCUACCUUCCAUUGUGGAAGUGGGUUGAUGGGUGUGGUCCCACAUCACUCCUUUGAGUGGCAAUGCUGUUCCAUGAGCACGUCCAGAGACCUCAACAACCUGACCCUUGAAUUUGCCUGAGUGAAGAUGUGCACACCCUUUCGGAGUGCGGCAUGUACAAUGGACCUCGUUAUUAACAAGCUGUCACUGUGUAUCCUCAACCAGCACUUGGGAAACAUCCCUAAUGUGUAUUCCCUGGUGCUGGCCACAGCCAUUUUGUGAUUGGGGCAAAAAUCCCAGAUGAUCCCAUUAAAUGUUGGUGGUGUCAGUAGUGCCCAAACGCAUGUGUAAAAUAGGCGUCUUCUAUACAGUGAUGUGAGUACCACUCACCCAGUCUUCCCUGGCCAUCAGGAAUUGCCCCAGGGAGAAUUCUCUGCAGAGUGCUGGUCACCUGCACCUCUCAUUUAAGAGCUAGGGUUUCUUUUGUUUGGUUUGGUUUUUGUUUUGUUUUGUUUUGUUUUUUAAGUUAGUUCAAGAUUUAGGGACAGAUUAACUGUAAUGUUAGGGCAAAAGCCUUUGGAAAAGCUAUUUCUGAACUCAUAUCGUCAUUUUUUUGUUUGUUUGUUUUGUUUUGGUUUUUUUUGCUUUUUUUUGUUUUGUUUUUGUUUUUGUUUUUGUUUUUGUUUGAUCGCCGUCUCUAAAAAAGGCCCUGUCCUUGCUUGGCACCCUGUGUGUGUCUGUUUUGGUGUGCUAGGGAUGAUUCACAUGUGCGCAUACAUGAUGUAACGGCAGUUUAUUGGUGAAUGUGUUUGGUGUUUCUGGGCAUUGUGGCCAUAUUGUAUGUUCCCAAAGCCAUAUAGAAAAUGUGGGAUCUGGGGGCCACUAAAGCACAUGACGUCAUCUUUGCUUUCUUCACCUUGGUAUCACAGAGUGUCCUAAGCAAUUCUUCAGGGCAAGAGGCACCCUGAGGAAGUCAGACAUGCUAGAGUGGCUGUGGCCUUACGAAAGGCGAAUGACCCAUGGCUUGCCUUAAGAUGCUGGAAGAGACUGCCGACUGGUAGCUUCCCAGACAGAGUUCCUCCAUUAGGCCUGAGCUGUCCAUGAGCUGCCCGUCUGCUGUCGAAAGGAAAGUGUUCCCAGGAAGAGUGACAUUUUAAGCCAUAUUAGAGAUUUGUACAUUUAAACACCUAAUCUACAUUAGGAUUUCUCAUUCCUUUUCCUGGGGAUAAACUAUAAUACGCUAGCAGGAGGAAGCAACCAGAGCAUCACGAACCACAGAGCAGGGAGAAAGGAGAAAGGGUCAUUUAAGCCAUGCCUCAUCUCUACCUGUUUAGUUAAGGCCCAUGGGAGCCUGGCCUAGGAGUUCUACAUGGGAGUUCUCUUCAACACACACUCAUGUAUAUAGUUUAUAAACAGCUGAGUUUGACGCCAUGUAGGACAGGUAAGAAGUGUGACUUGGGAAGAAGAAGACAGAUGCCUCUCCUCACAUACAAGACAGGGAGGAAGAGAGCUACAAUGAAAAAUGGUCAUUCACGUUUAGUAUAUAAUCCAUUAGUGUGCUGUAAGAAUCACUGAAGAAUCUGCCAGUUAACUGACUUGCCUGUAUUCUAAACUUUCCUAGUUUCUUUCACCAUAUCCCCUGUGAAGGAGGCAAUUGACCCUCGGGUACUGUUUAACCUAUGGGCCUACGAUAUGGUUGGGUCAGUGCUACAAUGCACAUUUGUCAUUCUGGGGGCUGCUAGUAUUGAUCCGGGUCUAGGGCUCCAUCUAGUUUGAGGAGACAUCCAUCUAUAAGGUCGCAGGCAGAAUGGUACAUCGUGCUGCCAUCCCAAUUCUAACCACAUUUGCUCAGUCACGUACUGUCUCUGUGAGUUCUGCGGCUUGGAACAUAACCACUCUACUCCCACCACAAAGCCCCAGUCCAAGCCUUCAGUGGAAGUCUGUGCUUUCCUCACACCUUGAGGAGAAUGGUGAGGUUCAAGUGCUCUAGGCACAGAAACAAGGGGAAUUGACUUUGCUCUGAAAGUAGUGAGAACUGGAAUGUUUGAGAACGUUAGGAAUCUUGAACAUUACUCUGCCACUGUGUCCCUGCGCACUGAUGUCAGAGCUAAUUAUUGUGAGCUGCUGGUGAAAUUCCACAUUUUGCGUUUGCUGAUGUGGCUGGGCAGGAGGGUCGGGGUGUGAGUGGGAGCCGAGAGUGGAAAGUCCAGUGGACGUAGAGUCCCUCAUAGCCUUGGGGUGCUGCUGUCCAGCAUCUGUUUUGGCAAAAGUAAAAGUGAUGUUUAGUGCAAGGAUCAAAGUUACAGUGAAGAGGCACAACCCUAAGUCCACUAUAAAACUGCUAUUUUAAAGAAAUGGCUGCGAGCCUGAACCUGAACUCUGUUCAUCAGUUAAUAAUUAUUUUUACAGUUGUGAUUUAAGAGGUGGGACAGAAAAACAAAUCAAUUGAAUAGCUCUACAUAAAUAUGUAAGUUAAAAUAAACCAAUGUCUGUUGAACAUUUAUUAUGUCCCUGAGCUAGUGCUGAGAAACAUAUAAAAGUUUUUAAAAUGGAAUAUGUUGUGCUCAUGCAGGAUAUGCAAGUGCAUGAGUAUUAACUAUUUAAACAUAUGUAUUAGGUAUAUAUAAAUAGGUGUGCAUAAAUUUCCAUGAUUAGACACACAGGUUUAUUUUCUGGUUUCAGGGUCUGCGUCAAAAAUAUUCAUCGUGUUAUUUAAGAAUACCACAGAGAACCAACAUUUCUACAUCAGAGCCAAGCCCUGGUCACUUCUCGAAUUACUACUCCUUCUAGAUCUAAUGAUCAGAAAUUCCCAUUCGUCAUUCACCUCUGCGAGCUUCUCACCUCAGUGCUCUUUAUCCGUGCCCACCAAACUCCCCUUUGAGACCUUUCUGAGGUACACUUGAGACAAUAGGGUUCCUCCAUGUUGCAGUUUUACUCACAUCCACAGAGCUGACUGUGUUCAUUCUAAAAUAAAAUCAGACAACCAUCUGUAGGAGCAAAGCUUCUCUGUUUGAUUAGCCUCUUGAAUUCCCAUUUAUCUCUGUUUGUCUAUGCUCUUCCAGUCUCUUCAAAUGGAUAGCCUUCCUUACAUCCACACCCAGUGUGGACACUGGUGUCCACACACACAUGGCUUUGCGAUAUAAUCUAUAAUCUGCUACUCACCUACAAACCCCAAGCAGCAAUAUUUCAGUGAGCAUCUUGCUGCAAAACCCAACAGCCUUUUAAGUUUCCCUGCUUCACGCUUAGUCAUUAACCUGAGCUAAGCAUCUAGAGGCAAGAGACGGUAAGUUCUGAUCCACAUCUUCGCUCUCAGGUCUUUUGUGACUUCCCUGCUUCCUGCUUCUGCUCAGUCCCUCGACUUGGUGUGUACUCUAGGGUUGACUCCCUCCAUCCUAGCUCCUCACGAUCUUUCUGACUUCCGUAACAUUCAUGGCUCUGAGUGAAUUCACGUCUUCACUCCUAGACCCUAAUUUUCUUUUCUGCUCAGUGUACAUAUCUCCCUUUAGAUUGACUCAAGUCCCUAGAUCAACCCCUUCAAACCAUCAUAAUUAUCAGGUCUCCUGGCUGACGGUACCACUGUUCUGUCACCACACUUUAACGUUUUGCCAAGAAGUUUUGCCUCCUUCAUGUUCCCGAUUUUGUACAUGCAAUCAGUUGGCAAACCUGUCGAUUCUCACUCUAGAGGUUUUUUUUGGCCUCCAUUUCUCCUCCUGGCUCUUUCCCCCAUUGGUGAUGUCUGUGUUGUGUAUCAUUGUUCUGAGAAUUUAUACUUCCCUUCACUCUCACAGCUUGCAUGUCCUAACUAUAGCUAGUGCACAUCACCCCAAACCCCAGAAACAAAUUUAACGAUCUUCCUUAGCAGAGGUUUUCCAACAGGCACGACUGAGGGUCACGUCCCCUUGUGUUGUCCUUGUGUUGUUGACAGGACAGUUAAAUUACAAACUUGUCCCUUAUUCUUUAGCCACCUAGGUUGUCUUGUAUCUUCAACUAUUCUUUUCCCAAAAUUCCCUGCUCCCAACUUUCUUCUCCCAACUCUCUUGCACAAUCCACUUCUCACAUCUAAGUCUUCAAAGACAAUGACAAACAAUCACGGCAUCUAUUCCCCUUCGCAAACUCUGCACAAAACAUUUAGGCACUUUAUGAACGUCCACGACAUGCAAUUUUAUUUCCUGGGAGGCACCCGUCGGAGACCUCCUUGUAAUGAUGUGGCUGCGCAUGUCAUCGUCCCUACAAGAUUCGGAACAAGCCAUACAUUUACUACUCUACUGUUUCCUAUAUUACCUAACAGGGUGUCUUGUAUAUGAAGAGCACUAGUGACUAUUCGAUAUUAUAAAUAGCAAUAGGAAAUGAGUUCAAUUAUUUUACCCACGGGAUACUUGAAUCUGCAGGAAUAUGUAAGGAUGAGUUCUUACCCCCACGUUUCUCAACUCCACAUUUCUCUUUUUCUCCACAGAGCCUUGGUAAUACACUAGCAGUGCAUGUGUGCAUUUCCCCAUGACUAUGUCCAGUGGAAAUUUGUAUUUUUCCAAGUCACGCUUCAUCCUCUGAAGUCCUUCUUCUUUGGCUACUCAAUGGUGAUUAAUGUGUCUCUGCAGUGACGAAUGCACACAAAGUAAAUGUCAGACGGUUAGACGGCAAAGGAUGUUGAUCAAAUGUGGCACAUCAGGACCUUCCAGAUGCCCAGCAUAGAGCUGAUGUCGGGACACGUCACUGUCCUGAGUGGCCCUAGCAUGACCUAUGCUAGCAUGGACAGAUCUUUGUUUCAAGAGUUGAACGGUUUGAGUUGUUUAGACCCUUUCACCGACAGAAGACCUUGUUACAACAUAAGCUCACUAAUCACUCAGCUUUGUGAAUCUCAAGAAGUGGUCCGACGGGAUUGUACUGAGUGUUGGAAGUCUCCACCUUUGUAACCAGGUGGGCCAGACCCAGGGUCAGGGGAUGUUUGUUCUGCUUAUCUUCUUGUCUUGAUGGCCUUUUUUCUUGCCCUCUCUGAGGUUUUAUGUCACUGAGGUUAUUAAACACAUUACCUCUGGCAUGCACCUCUCAAGUGAGAACACGUCAGAAUUGACUCGAUCCAGAAGAAUUCUAGUGUCUCAACUCCUCUUUUCUCUUAGAUUUGAUUAGAUUCAUUGCCUUAGAGGAGAGCAUGUCACUGCUGGCCUGAUGACCCUCUUGUUCCUCUAUCUUCCUGCAGCCUUUGCUGUUUCCCUUGGCCCCUUAGUUCUACUUAACUAUUCCACCUAUUCGUUCUAGUUAGUGUCUAUCUCUGUUUCUGAAAGAUCUCUUGGGGCUACUCCUGUCCUUUUACCUAAGCUUCUCUGAUACCGGGUAAUAUCCUCUUUCUUUCUCCUGCCCUGCUUCCCCUAUAAAUCUCAUGAUGUCAUUGGUCAUGAAUUAUUCUCCUUUGGAGGCAUCUUCUGCCACCGAGUGCUAAUUUAAAGCAUACCGUAGUGAACCUAACUCAAAUAAGUUACAGGCAGUGACAAGUCUGUUUUUCAAACAACCUGGCAGAGUUCAUUCUUCAUCAGGACAGGAUUGGGUGGAGAGAUUAUUAUUGGCAAGCUGGGAUGAAACUUGUGACAACUUAGGAGGAAUCUAGCAAAAGUUAAAAUGUUAAGUCUAAAGGGGUAGGUUUUUUUUUUUCAGUUCUAAUAGUUGUAGAUAGCAUUCAUCCCAGCAAUGGGGAUAAUUAAUAUUUGAGAGCAAAGUCCAUCUUAUGAUAUUAUGAGACAUUAAUAGAAGCAUAGAGAUGGGCUGCUACUAACUAGUGGCUGUGGGGACAGACAGCUGUUCUCUCAAAGAAGGGCAUCCGUGAAUUUCUGCAGGACCAAUAUGUAUGAGUCAACACUGCCUGCAGUUUUACAUGAUUACUUUAUGUCUUCUUCUACUCUUUGGAAAAUGUAUUUGCCAGGACCUGUAAAGGACCAUGAGGUCAAAUAAUAAGAGGCCCACAGUAUAUCUUCCCUCUACAUCACAAGUAGAACUGGGGACCUGUUGGUCCCUCAUUUGAUGCUCCCUUCAACUAGGAAAGCCCCAAAGGACCAGACUUGGAGAUGGUCUCUCAGAUGCCCAUCCCUUAGGCCACAGCCAAUUUGCAAAAACUCACCUUAACACUGCAGCAUGAUUUCCAGGAGUCUCCAAAAUUGUCCUUUCUGUUUGCCCCUCUUGCUUGUAACCUGAGAGGCAGAGGAGACAGAUUAGAACUGGGGUAUAUUACAAAGCCUUUUCUGAUGGCCCAUUUCAAAGUACUUGAGGAGUUUAAGCUAUUUGAGCCACUGUUGAAAUGCCUGAGGAGAUAUCCAGACAGAAUUCUACCUGAGAUAAGGGAGCUGGACCCAGCCUUAUCCAUGAGGUCCUAGAUGCUUACAGGAAGUCUGGUCACAUGUCAUCCCCAAGUCAGUGCCCUAGUCCUUUGGAUGACACCCAGAGAGUUGUUGCUCACCAUCCUGGGCAUAGAGGGCACAGCUCGUCCUGGCAUCCUUGCUAUAGAAUGCUAACCUUUGCAAAUCCAUCUGCCUCUGCAGGAGCAGGCUCGCAUUGCUGGCUCUGAUGGAGGAGGUGCAGGGGCUGUGAUCAAAGUGAUGUGAAACUGUGCAGGGGCUUCCUUCCUUCAGAUGAUGGUAUUCUCUUCUCUCAAAACGAAACGAAACAGAACCAUGCCUUUCUGAUACCUCAGUACCAGUCAGAGUAGUUUUUGCAGCUGUCAUGGUCGCAUUUUAAUUCUAAUUAAUUCAUUGUACUUAAUUAUUAUCAAUAAUCAUUUUCUUCUGAAAUCGGGGCUAUUUUAAUGUUCCCUGUAGAUGUGCUAUAAGAAACAUGGACAAGCCACAGAUGACACUACUCUGUUGCCACCAUCUGAAUUGAAGGUUAAUCUUACAAAUAGGUUCCAUGUCCUUCCCAUAGUUGUGUGUGAUGAGAUGAUCCCUUUACUAUGAGUACUUUCAUGUUUGUGUAGCUCAUCACCACCCCUUGAACACACACACACACACACACACGCGCGCGCGCACGCGCGCGCGACUAAAAUAAGAAGCUAAGGUAUAUACAGAACAUUAAUGUAUACAUAUUUAAUAGUCCUAAACAAGAGCUGACCAGUAUAGUUCUAUUAACACCUCCACUUUGUCCUUUGACGUCCAAGGUGUACACCACAAGGCACUUUGGGCCAGAGGAAAAAAUCAUUUUAUCACAGUCCUUGAGACUCUUGGGCAUUUUAAAUGACUAGGGCAACGAGUUCAGUUAUUGAGUUAUUUGAGUUCAGUCUUGGUAAAAGGCCAGAGAAAUUGAUCACUGAGAUAUGGGAAAGGCUGACCCUUCUGCCUUCUCAGCGAGUGCUACAGAGAAGGUCCAGAGCACUCUCGGUUUCUAGCACGAUGCCAAUUGCCUUUUUGGGGAAGGAGAAUGUGGAAUCACCAGUAACUCACCUGGAUUUUCACCAUAUUUGGCUUAUAUUUUAAGUAACCCAAACUAAUUAGUAUGUGGAUAUGGGAUCAUUUACCAUCGCCAUUUCUCCAGAUGGCCUCCUUGGAGAUGGAGAUGUGAUGACUUUUAGUUGUACCGAUGAACAUGGUGAAGUACAAAUGCAUUGGUAAGUCAAAGCUUUUAUAACACAUCAUCUGGAUUUUGUACCCCGGUCUAUCUUAGAAAGUCACGCAGCCUGUAUAACUCUCCUGCUCCAAGUUUUUAGUACCAAACAGCGGGGUGGGAAGUCAUGAAAUCCAGGCAGCUGUUUGAACGAAUCUUUUGCACAAAAUUCAUCUUCCCAGACCCCCCCCCCAACUUCCCAUAAUCCAUUAGUCUACAGAAACCCGUCAAAUAGUGAAACAAAGCAGGAAUGUGCAAAACAGAGAUAGAAAAGAAAAAUUUCUGUCAUGAAGGAAAUUUGAGGAGCAAAUCAAUAUGUUUGGAUCUUGUGAAGUCAGACAUGGGGAAUAACUUUUAUUAUUCAAAUUUUUCAUAUGGAAUGGGCUGAGCCCAACUCUUCCAGAUUAGUAUCCGAGGAGGGGAACCAUUAAAGAUAUGUGUGAUGUGGUAAUGAAAUGCUGAAGUUUGGGCUAGCCCACGGGAUGGCAACCUCAAAAGAGAACCAUUUACAUUCUUUCCCUGGGUAAUUGCAUCUAAUGUGGCCACAGUCGAGCAUCUCCUACUAGUAAUAUUAAGGCAUGAGUUGGUUUUGGAAACAUGAUCCACGACAGGUACAGCACAACUCACAUAUGCAAGGAACUACUGACCAAAGACCUGGUGUCCUCCAGAGCCAUAAGAAAUAACAAUUGACGGCCUAAAUCCUCAAGGAAGAGGAGCAGUAAUGUCUGUGCAGAUUGUUGUGGGACUUUGGUUUUUGCCCCAAGAUUAUAACAGUAAAUUGUUUAACAGUCACAGCUGAGGGGUCUCCCAUAGCUACCUUCUCUUGCAGCCUCCCUGCUCACUGAUGAAUGGAACCCAAUUGGAAAGCAACCCUCCUUUCCAAAGAAUAGCAUUAUAAACUUAAAUCUCAAGAGAUUCUGAUCCAUAUACAGAAUGUUCUACUGAAACUAAGAACAGAGAAAUUCUCUAACUUAAUGUAAGCUCUAACCAAUUUAAUCAGUCUAUCCCGUUUGGGGGAGGAAGCAGGACAAUGGUAAGGGCAGAGUAGUAAGGAAUCCAUAGCAUCACUUCUACAGUGAGCGUAUCCCAAGGACCUGGCUCAAGUGCCUGGAGUGGAAGGUGGAAUAAAUUACUCAUUCCCAUGCAUGGGAGGAGGAAGUAAGACCAGCACAGGAAUGUUCCUCAGACUGAAAGUUUAGAAUUAAGUUGGUGACAAAUAGCGCCUCUCUCCCAUUCAUUUGCCUCCCGCUUCCUGUGAUAGGAUCAUGUCGGUAUGCAUAGCAAACCAGGGACAGGGGCAGCCCAUUUUUUCCAGCUGAUGCCUCAAUGGCUUUGUCUUUCUUAUGAGUUACAUUUCCUAUAUCAGGAUGCUCUUCACUAACAGAUAACAGGGCCAAGAUCUGACGGGUGUUGGAGCAGUUGAUUCCCCAGAAAUGACCAUUCCCUCUCUGGUGCUAGUCUCAUAUUCAUUGUGGCAUAGAAUGAAAAGAAGAUUCAGGGGACCCUGAGGGCAUGGGUGGAGGAUUACUUAAUUGAAACCACAAAGCCCUUGUGCUUAAUAUUAAAUAUUAAAGUGUGAAUGAAAAAGGCAGCCCUCAAGCCCAGCUUCCCAUAGUACAGACCAGAGAAGCGUGGAGGAAGUCACAGAAAGCCCCUAUCUAGCCAAGGCCAAAGCAGCCAAACGGGAAGUAUGAAUGGAAUCACAGUAGCUUCAUAUUUUGAGGGAACUAUAGCUGACACAGAUGAUUCCUGUGCAAAGACAAAAGUAGGUAAAAGUCAAUUUCAGAGCCUAGGACUCUCUGCAGCAGUAGAGUCCACAGGAUCCUAAAUUGCUUGCCACUGCCCUUGAGGACAGAGUGUAACUCCUUUCCUAUUGCAGAUUGAUUGUUCUCCCAAGCCAAGCUUAUCCACUGGUCACUGAGCCCUGGGGUAACUAAUGACCUUCCCUUGGCCUCUUGUCAUCUGCCACUUCUAUUGAAGAACAGUCCUUAAAACCUGUUUGGGUAAGGCCUUCUGGAUGAAGCUAGCUACCUAAGUGGAGGUCAGAAGUGGGCCAUGUGUUUCAACACCAACAAGAGAGCCUUCCUAUGGAAUUGUCCUUCCCCUGGAACUUGCCAUCUAAUCGGAAAGUCAGAGAGGCUUUUAGGAUGUGCCGCAUCUUCAUUUCAAUGAAAGAAGAUAGAGUAUCACGAGGCUCCGCAUCUUCUGCUAACUCCCCAGGAUGUCAGAGGUGCUUCUUCCCAGAGAAAUAAAUCAGACCGAGACCAAAAUGCACACAUCCUCAGGCAGCUGUGACUGCCUUCUGCCCAUCUUUGUUUCCUUUCUCACAUUAUCUGCCACACGAUAAAGAAAUCAGCACAGUUAUCACCAAUCAAAAAUUGCACUGGCAAAAUAUAAUACAGAAAUUUACUAAGAAUUAGUAAAACCGGGGGCUGGAGAGAUGGCUCAGCGGUUAAGAGCACUGGCGCCUCUUCCAGAGGUCCUGAGUUCAAUUCCCAGUAACCACGUGAUGGCUCAUGGCCAUCGAUGAUGGGGCUUUGAUGCCCUCAUCUGGCAUAUAGGCAUACAUGCAGAUACAGCACAUACAUAAAAUAAAUAAUUAUACUAAAAAAAAAAAGCAUGAGUAAAAUCAGUGCGUCUUACUUAUUCCUGAUCAUCUCUGAGGAAUCUUAUUCUGUCUGUAAUCCAUCUUGCUUCUGAAGCCCUUUCCCUUAAAGGUCAUUAUUACAACAAGAAUGACAGCUAUGCUAGCAAAUUGACCCCCAAAUACUUAUUUUUAUAGCCACCGAAAAGCGGGUUUUAUAGUUAACAAUAGCCUUUCCAGUUCCUUCUGCAGAAAUCCUUCUUUCCCACCCUGCCUCCUGCUGCAUCUCCCGAUACCACUUCUCGAUGUGGGUCUCCCUUCUCUACCUUGUUUUUCUGUUAGAGAGGAAUGUGCUUCCUAAACUGAGUUCUCAUUUAGACAGACUGCCCAGAAAAUGAUCUGAGAAUAAUUUCUCAUUGGUUUUCGUGUUGCUCUUUAAUUUGGAAAGGAGUUGAAAGGAAAUAGUAAGAAAGAAGGUAAACAAGGCCUUGUCUUCAAAUGCUUCAACUCAAGGUCAAGGGCCCGGAAAGUGAGUGUCGUCAAGUGGGAGCCUGAGGACUUGUAGAGGAGAGAGAUGUGCUCCUGAAUAUUAAGUAGCCACUGAGCAGGUGCACAUGGGCUUUGGUCAAGAUGAUUUCUGUGCGCACGGAGGCAUUAAUCUCUCGCUCUUGCUCUCGCUCUAGCUCUCCUUCCCCACAAGGCUCCUUUCCUCUGUCAUUUCAAGGCCCUGGAUCUGUGCGUGGGGAGCGUUUAUUUUAAUUUGAACAUGCUGAUGAGCUUGCCCUCUCCCCAGCCCUGCCCUAAGCAUAGAGGAAGCCAAUGCUUCUAAAUCCUUCUGUCAAUGAGCUUUUGCAUGUCCGUUCAUAAUAUAUGCCAUUAAAAUGAGAGAAGAAAACCGAGUGAGAAAUAAAUUCAGCGGCAAGCAGAACAGAGAGUGUGGGUUUGAAAUAAUGUUCUUCACCAAGCUGAGAGAAAUUCCAGAAGCAAACGAAGGGUGGUAAAAGGAAUGCAUAGUUUGGAAGACGGAAGAGGGUAGCAUUCACACCAAGACACCCCAGUUAUCCCUACUAAAAAAUAUUGUCUGUCACCCCACAACCUCUCAUGAGCUCUAGUAGAAGGAGAAGCCUGCUGCUGCUGCUGACUGUUGACUGCUCAGACAUGGCGGUGGGUUGACUUUAGAAACACUCGCAGGCUUUCUUGCAGAGAGGUGCUGAUAAGCAAUACACCUUCAGUCUUUAAGAGCUCAUCCCCAUUCUCUAAUCUAGAAUAUUCUGAGGAGAAAAACCACUUGAUCGUUGUAAUUGCAAUUAUUCUGUUUGAGAAGCCAAAGGGCACAGAGGAGAGGCAAAUAUACCAAGAGAACAGAGUUAGUUUAUGCUUUUUUUAUUUCUUCAUCUUUUUCAAUUUCAACAUGGCUUGCCAUCAUAAACUUAGGUCACCUUUGAGAGAGAAAGUCUUUAAAAAAAAUUACAUCUUCUCAUCCCAGUGAAAACACCAAGUUUUAUAAUCUGAUUACUGCUUACCUCAGAAAGGAAAUUGGUAGAUUCAAUUACAAACAGGCGGUUUACAGAUUGCCGUAAUCCCGAUUCUUACACAUAUUAACAUGGAGCCCCCUGACUCAGACCUGAUCUUCUAAGCUGUACAACCUCACUGAAGGGAAAUAGAUCAUGUGCUCCAGAACCAACUUGGUUAAAAGCACGAAGUAAUGCUCGUGUGUGUUCUGUCUGCUAAUUCUACAACAGCAGAAGGCACUUGGGAAGUAGGCAACAGAAGACCAGCAGAGGGGAAGGAUAGAGGCAGUAACCAACCAGGGAAUGAGACUUAGGGUCAUUUGCUUUACUUUAUUCUUCCUUAGAGACUGUAGUUGGAAACCAUUUGUCUGCAGUUCCGGGGCAUCUUUAUUCUUGUAAGGUUGCAUAGUGAAUUGAAACCCUACGCCAGGACGGUUUAGGUGCUGGGAGUGAGCACAACAGAGUUUGUGUCUCUUGAGGUUCAUGUGUAACUGAGAGGACAUCUUUCAUAUACUACGGUAACUUUAAGUAACUGUAGUUGCUUAGUAAACAUCCAGCUGGAAAGCAGGUUAGGCUACAGGCUACCAAAAUGUAAAGUUGAGGUCCCCAGGAAUGUAUUUUUUAAAUAGCUCAUUUUGUGUUGACCAGAAUGAUCUAGUAGAGACAAGAAAUUGGUAGUUCCUAGAAAAAGAAGAUACUGACAGGAGUAAUGUCUAUGAUGAGUUAAGGGGGAUGCAAUCCAAUGCACAAAUAGAAGACUGGGUGUAGAUGCCUACCGGCGGUUUAUAAUGGAGAGACUGUGGUAUUGGGCUCAGAUGCAAUUAGGUAAACAGAUUUAGGGUUACGUCUGUUUUAAUUGAUGAUUCUUCAGUGAAAUGCAAAGGGAGCUCAUCAGCUAAAAGGAAUAAUUCAGGACGGUUUCAGUGAUCAAACCAGGCAGAGGAGAACAGCUAGGAUUGCCUGAUGCACUUGACUCUAGAUUUGGUCAUGGAGUUGUUUUAAGGGAGCUGGAAUAGUCUGAGAAUGGUGCCACGAUAAAAGUGUGUCAGGAGAGCACACUACUUGGUUAGACUGCUGGAGCCUGAAGGAAGAGCCAAGAAGGUGACAGAAACCAUCAGGGCAUGUGUGGCAGUGGGAGACACUGAGUUAAACAGGAAAGAAUGAGAGGUAGGAGGGAUGGGAGAUGGCUGCACUAGAAGGUAGACAUACUCACCCGUGGAUAAAUGCCAGGGUGGUCUCUUCUCAGUGACUCUCCUGAACCAGGCUUAUGGGCAGCUAAAGUUGGUACUGGUCUUUAUCAGAAGGAAGUAGCCCGGCUGCCCAUGCUAUACAAGGCCUUGCCAGCAGCGUGUGGCACUGUGUAAUGGUUCAGCAGCACCUCCACACCCUACACCUGCCUUUUAAUUGCCUCUGAAUUUCUGCUGCAACAUUCUACUUUUGCUUAUUUAUUUGAUUGGGGACAAAGUCCAAUCCUCCUGCCUCAGGCUCCGGAGUGCUGGAAUUCCAUGCAUCAACAUCCACUCCUGGUUUGACUCUGCCUGUUGUCAUAGAUGUCUUUAGAUGUGAGCCCAAAUGCAAACUGCACAGUGACUCUUUACGUCCAGAAAGACCAAACUUCACUGUUAGCCUUACCCUUUCUCCUUUAAAAGCUUCCAGCUAAGUUGCUCUCCUUGGGAGGGAAAUCAGAGUUCUUUGUUCUUACUUAUCUCCAUCUUUGUUCAUCUUUUAAAAGAAAUCUCAGAGAAUAGCAAACAGCUUUGCUCCUGCCCAAUUCUAGCAAAUGAAGGUUUCCUCUGAUCAUUUUUAUUCCGUGUUUCUUUUGUGACAGAGAACAAUAGACCAAGAGCAUUAGGAAAUAAUUGGACAUCUUUAAAAGCUUGGGGGAGGGGCAUUUUGGAUGAUUAAGAGGAUGGUUAGGGAAGAUGGUUUUGAGUUAGGCCGAAUUUGUGGGGGGUAUAGGGGGAGAAGUAUUUUGAAGCUAAUACUGGAAAAAAAUAAGAAAUUUGACCAAAGGAAAUGGCAGAAGGUGGGGUUUGGGGAGCCCAGCUUGUAGCAUCUGGAGAUUUAGCAAACAUAAACUCAAUCCUGCCUUCCCCACAGCAUUCCACAUAUGCCUGACGCCAAUGACAGACUGAUCUUAUUUUAUUUAACAUGCCUUUAGGGUAUCAUAAUUUGAAGAGACAGUAGGCAUUUCUAGUUCUCCUGACCCAACAGAAUCUUGAACAGGGGACAGGGGAUGUCAUAAGGGCAGUGGCAGGCUCAACAUCACUGUUCACCAGGGAAUGCACACUCUUCAGCUCGGUCUUAUCCUACCUGACGUUCCUCUCAAAGAUUAGCUGGUGUUCACCAGGGCUCAUCUAAUGCCUGUCUUCAGUUCUGUGUUGGAAUAGUAUUACAGCCAACUCAAGGGCUUAUUCCUUGCAUCAUGCACCAGUGCUAGCUAGAACCCUUUAGCAAAGACCAGGGAAGCAAGAGAGCUACUGGGCCAUCCUGAUUGCUUUCCUUCCUACCCAGCAGAAAUCCAGCCCUUCAAAGAUAAACUGAACCCAGCCUGCUCUCCGUCUGCUCAGAUUUCCCUUGCUUCAGGCUGUUGCACCAACAUAACUGGGCUUGAAGAGAUAAAGACUCUGUGUGAUGUUGGGGGAAGAGGUUGAACAAAGAAGAAAUUGGAAGUGGGAUCUUUGUGACCUAGUGACCACCCCUGCAUUCAUACCUUAGAGUUAGCCCGUGCAUUUGUGGAAACACAUCCUGGGGGCUAGCUGGCAUGUUGGCACGGGACCAGAGAAGACACAGGAUAGGACAAUGAACUCUUACCUGUAGGAAAAAAAAAAUCUCUUUUCUUCCAAUGCUCUAAGGAUGUCAUAAGUACACUUAGCCACAAUGGCCGAAGCUUGUGCGCGUGUGCCUGUGUGUGUGUGUGAGACAGAGUUUGAGCAGGAGUGUGAAGGGCUGUUGGUGGGAACACAGAACACACUCACAGUGGCUUGGGCAGCAGUCUCAGAACCGCAGCCCCCCCAGAGUCGUCCCUAGGGAGGGGUAAUGGUCAUAGCUUCCCGGUGUGGCUUUCCCUGCACAGGAAGCACUAGGCUUGCCUGGACUCUGUGAGGCCAGAUCCCACAUUCCUCCCCCUGGGCCAGCCUCCCUUCCUCUUCACUCUCAGAUCCCCCAGCCCAUUCACCUCCAAGUUCUUUUAGGUUUGUUUGGUUUUUUUGUUUUUGUUUUCUGUAAAUAUCAAUUUCUUAUUUUGGACAUGCAGGGAUCAAUUGAGAUUCUGGAGUGGGGGGAGGGGCGGAUGACUGGGUCUUUUUUUUUUUUUUUUUCUUUCUCUCUUGGAUUUUGGUGUUUGAACUUGAAAAAAAAUACAAGUAUAUAUAUAAGCAAAUGACUUACCUUUAACAAUCGAAAUAAGUUGAUUUCAUUCUUUUGUUUUAUCUUGUUUCUCAUUGGGGUAGGGUGGGGGUGGGGGGGUCUCUCGGGUGGAGGGCUUUUUUGUGAGCUGUAUAGAUUUCCAGUUUGGACUUGUUCAAAUGAUGCAGGAACAAAAAUUAAAAUGAAUUAAAAAAAAAGACAACAUAAAAACAAGAAAAACCUUUGUGAUGUAUAGAAGCUGUACAUAGUCAAAGAUCCUUUCUCUUUUCUAAUGGCAAAUUAUUUCUGUCACUUUAUAUUCAAAAAAUAAAGAAACCUACCACAAAUUAUCAGGGUAAAAAAAAAAUCCAGAAUCGGUGUCUUUUCUUGGACUUGGUGUUUUCUUUACAGUGUUUAGAGAGCCUUAUUAAAAAUCUGUCUUGAGCGAGGAAAGGUGCCUUUCUUUCCCAAGGGAUUCUGGUUAUCAGUAUCCCUCUCUUCUAUGAUUCUUGCUGGUUAGGAAUCUCUGAGUUAUAAGUUAGAGGAGUUGAAAUCAUCAUGGUCCCGAACCAAUAUUUUAACUUCCUAAAGAUUCCUUAUCCCAUCAUUGUCAACUACAUUUUAUUUUCUUCAAAAUAUAAAAGAACUUUAAAUUGAUUCAAAAGUAGAUAUGAAUACCGUAAUGGACCUGCAGACUUCAACACACAGCUUCUGUAAUCAUUGAGCCGUGCCAGUGUCUUUGUUGGGUUUGUAAUCGUACCAAUACUCUAAGGACUUUAAGUUGAUGGCUUAGUAGGCAAAAGUGCUUGUGCUGCUAGGUCCGAAGACCUGAGUUCAUCACAGGGACCUACAUGAUAGAAGGAAAGAAUGGACUUGCACAAGUUGUCCUCUGACCUCUGCGAGAAUACUGCGGUGCACAUACAAUCAUGCAGACAGAACAAAUAAAUACAAACGUAAUAGUGUCCAUAAAGAAUAAUCAUAAUCCUACUCUGGUCCUCUUCCUGCAUCCUAAAACAAGCACCCCAAGUUGAUUUUUUUUCUGUAUCUCAAAGGGGGUGCUCCUAAAAAGGAUGAUGUUUAGUGGUCCCAGCACCAUUAUGACACAAAUAUGCCACAAUGAUUCUUCCACAUAUCGACUGCUCAGGUACUUCAGUGUAUAAAUAUAAUGUCACUCUCCACAAGUCUCCACAAGCCUCACAAGUCAAGCAUCAUAAUCUUCAGAUUCCACAACUUUUUCUCAGGUUUAUUUGAAUCCAUAGAUUUACCUAUUUAUUCUUUUAUUUUUUUUUUCUUCUCGGAAUGUAUGUGCUAUGCAAUUGCUGCAUUUUGUCCUACAUGGGGCUCCCUUAGCUUGAUUUUGAUGCUUGAGUUCUCAAAUUAAUAACCAACAUGUACUCUGUCCUCUGCAUUUUCUACAAACUGAUAAUUAGCACGCCUCUUGAUGUAUAAUUUCAUUCCUUGGAGACAUCAGAAAAGUUAAUCUGUCCUUCACUUUGGCCAGCAUGAACUAUACUUACAGGAAUUGGAUGGCCAGAGAUACAAGCAGUCCCCAGGUCACCAGCAGUAACCCUGGUCUAGCUACAAAGGCAUCCAAUUGCUUCCCACUGUCAAGAGUUUCUCUCUUGACUUCUGCAUUUUCCCACAAUGGUUUCACCCUCUCUCUUGUUGCAGCCCUGCCACUGGCUUUAUAUGUAGAUGCUACAUGAUUCCUUUUUGUGUUUCAAUUUCUAAUUUAUACAUGUUAAUAGUCCCUAUUUAGCUGUUUGCAGUGAUAAAAUACUAGAGAUAGUGUUUCUAAAUGUAAUUAUUGGCACAUUCUAGCAUCACUUAUUAAAACAUAUACUCUGCCUCUCAUCCUACAACAGGAAAGGAUCAUAUUGAGGGACAGUUAAUAGACAUCUAAUUUAUGAUUUCCCUGAGUUCCAACACACAGUGCAGACUAGAAGCCAGUCCUGCUAAUCUCUAUUAAACUUGGCAUCUUCUAAGACAACUCUGGAGCCAUUGUCUCAGGGAGAUUCUCUCUGUUGUUCCACCUGCAUUGUUUUUCUCUGUACCGGAGCAAAAGAGCCUGUUAGUCUUGAACAUUCCAGAAAGUAGAAAGCUCUGAUUUAAAGCUAGAGGUGUUUCUGGUUAGACAAACAACUUUACAUCUUCACUGUUGGAAGACAUCCUUAAGGCCUAAAUUCUCCUGAGGCUUUGACAAGACUCUGAAAGUUAUUACAGAAGGUGUGAUUUGAAAAACCUGAAAUGUGUUUUGUUUUGUCUAAGUCAGAGAGAGAGAGAGAGAGAGAGAGAGAGAGAGAGAGAGAGAGAGAGAGAGAACUUCACCAUUCACUUGGCACUGGUUUUAAGUAAGAAAACUUAAAAGCAGGAAUCAGAACACCAGAGGAGACAAAGACUAAUUGAACCUUUGAUGAUACUUAUGAUACUUUAAAUAUCAUAAGUGACCAGAUUACAUGUAGUGAUUUUUGAUGCUGUAGCGGGAAUCUUUUCUUCAUACUGCCUUCAUCAUACGUACACCAUCUGAGACUUCUUAAAUGCCUGAGCUCUGAGUCUCUAUGUUCUGUGAGGUUCUGUGCCAUCAGAAAGACCAAGGGAAGGAGCACUGACAUCCCUGUCCACCAAGUGUCUCAGAAAGGCAGCUGAAUUGGCUAUUUCUUCCUUCUGCGACCACGGAACUAACCAGAAGUCCCUUAGGGAAGAAGAAUUCGCUGUGAAGUACAGCUUGAAGCUGUUGUAGAUCAGGGGAAGGCAUGACCAUGGCAGCAGCUCAUAGCUGUGGCAGCAGAAGUGUGACCCUGCCCAUGUUUCCAUAAGCCAGGAAGCUGGCAGUCAGAGGCCUGAGGUCAGCCAGCCUGAGAUUAUUCUCAAGACCUUCGCCCACCCCCAGUGAUUCCUUCCUCCAGCUAAGCCCUGCCUCCUGGCAGGUUCACAACCUCCCCAAGAGCACCAAUGACUGGGAACCAAGUGUUCAAGUCCACCAGCCUACGGGAGAUAAUUUUACACCCAAAAGCUCAUGACAGGAGCUUUCCCAGAUUGCCUCAGGAUCAGUACGCUUCCCCCUACAUAACACUGCCCCCAAAGUGGAAUCAGCACGGUGAUUUGGUUUGAAACCACUCGGCCCCCCCCGCCCCCGGUAUCCAUAGAGAAUUGGCUGCAGGGCCUCAUUGUGCAUCACUAAACUCAGUAGAUGCUCAAGUCCUCUAUACAAAAUGGCACGGUAUUUGCAUAGAACCUAUACACACACACACACACACACACACACACACACACACACACACACACACACACACGCAGUACCUAAGUGGGUCAGAGGACAACCUGCAAGAGUCUGUCCUCUCCUUUUACCACAUCGGUGUGCUCAUAGGCUUGAAGGUGAGCAACUCUUUGCCCACAUAAUCAUCUCAUUGGCCUUGAUUUUGCUCUGCUUUGUUUUGUUUUAGCGUUUUAUUGUUGUUGGUUUUAAGUUGUUCUUUGAAUUUGUUUUGUUUUGUUUUGUUUUGCUUUUGUUUUGCUUUUGUUUCUCUGUGUCACCUUAAUGACCCUGAAACAUGCUCUGUAGACCAGGCUAGCCUCAAACUCAGAGAUCCAUCUACCACUUCUUCCCAAGUACUGGGAUUAAAGGCGUUAGUACACGGCUACCACCGCCAAGUUGGGUUUGCUGUUGCUGCUGCUGUUGUUGUUGGUGGUGGUGGUGGUGGGCUUUGUUUUUGUGGUUGUUUUGUUUGUUUGUUUGUUUUCUGACUCUUCGCCAUGCAGCUCAGGCAAGCCUGUAAGUCAUGAUGGUCCUGUCUCAGCGUCCUGAGGACAAGAUUACAGGAACAAGCCGCCAUACCUGCUUCAUGUACCACUUCCCGGGCUCCAUGACUGAGUCUCGAUCCUUCCUUGGAAAUCUCCAUCUGCAGUGCUAUUAUCUACCUUUUCUUCUAAGGAAAUUAGCACUUUCCUCUCUUCCAGGCAAACCCCAGGCAAAGCACAGCCUGCAUGGUUUAAACUAGUCUGACAUCACAGGGGACUGUCUCAGAACAAGCAAUCAUGGAUUUUGGCUCUCCAGUGUUUUAUGACUUUUCCAAGGGAAAAGUAAGCGAAGUAUACUCCAUUCAGAUAGAAACAGACCACAGAACUGAUUCCACAGGAGUCUAGCUUGGUGAUCUGAGCACUUUAUUGAAGUUUCUUAGCUGUGUGGAAAAAUGGCUGCCUACUGGAGCUCUGAUGGCUCAAAGGCAGCUGACGUUGAAGCCCCUGAGUCUCACGGGUGACAACUCGUGUGUCUAGGGCUGUGUUCCUAGGGCUCCAGAAAAAUGUCUCUUCUUUAAAACAAUCGUUAGCGGUCUGUACAGCCACAGAGAUAGGACUUGUGAGUGCCGUGAGCCUGUUUCCCCAUCCAGGGGGAAUAUUUAAGUCCAGAGGAUGUUCAGCUUCCUUCAGUUGUCCUCAUUAUGGGACAGGUUCUGGCAAUUUUUUUGAGCUUCCAAGCUUAAUAUCUCAGUUGGUAUUUAUCUCCCAGUGUAAUGCAGCCCCUAAAGUUCCCCAUGACUGGGAAAGAUGGCUGAGUCUUCUCUGUCCUGAGAAGAGCACACAUCUCUACCUGCCCUGCCAGACAUUUGCAAAAGGUGUGUUUCCACCAGAUAAUUGUUAUUUAUGUUUCGGAGCAAAGCAGAUUCCGCUUUUGCUUCUCUUUCUCUCCUCAGUCUAUAUUCUGAGGUCCCCCAUCCCACCAGUGACUGACAAAGCAGCUCCUGAACCCAGCUACCUACACCUCUCAACCAAACCUGCCCAUCAAAGCUCUUACUGUCACAGCGUUUCCAUCUGUGCUGAGAUUAGACAAUGUUUGCCCAGGACCUUCCCUGAUCCCUGUGCAGACAGUGCUGUAACCCUUUGUCCUGCCUAAAAGGGAUCUUCAAUAUCAGAAAAGACAACAUUUUCCCCUUCAAGUUGAAUGUGGAGAAAGCUGUCAUUUAACAACCAAACAAUGUAUUCUAAGCAUUUUUAUUUAUUACUCGAGGAAUUCUCUUUUCACAAUCCAGGAUAACUGGGGUUUGAAGAAACACCAGCUUACUCAAAAUCACCCAGCCUUUGAAUGAAAGAGCAUUCAAAACAAUGACCUUCCCACCCCCGAGUCACUUACGCCUUUUACCGCUAAGCCAAUGCCUCCUAAGUAGGUUGUGAAGGGUCAAUCACGCUGUGAAUAGUGAAGUUACUGGGCAAAUAUGAUACCAAUGUAAUACCAUUCUGUCUAGCAAUGCCUUGGCUUUGGCUUGCCCUGUUCUGGUGCUCCAUAAUUGAUACUCUUGGAUAAUCUUGUUCCCUUGGUGCACCGUAAUGUUUGCUUGGUUCACGAGUCACAUUGGUUAGCAAGUCUGAGAAAGACAUGCAGAAAUGACCUUUGCAAGUGAAAGUAACCAUUUGUCACCACAAAAUAUUAUCGAUCGAAUACCUAAUAAUCAUCAGCAUUGUCUUAAAUAUUCCCCAUGUCCUCUCAUUUGCAACCUGUAUAAUGCUGAGGAAAUUCCUCGUCACCUUCUCUUGUUUACAUAGAUGAAAAGCAAGAUAUGCUUAGAUGACCGGUGGUCUAAAGUGUAAGGCUGCCCAACCAGCAGAGAUGUGUCUUGCCCCAGACCUUCCUGGAUAGGGUCCCAUUGCAGUGAUCUCAACAUUUUUUUGGCAGCCUUAGUUCUUGGUGUUCUUUAGUGUCAGUCACUGAUUAUGGCUGGGUGCUAGAGUUACUUGAGAUUUUGAAAGGACAAAAGCUACAUAUUCAGUAUUUUGUGAAAUUCACCAGGUGAUUCUGACAUGGGGUCAUGACUGGUCAUGAAUGGUGUUGUUUAUUGCCAAACAGAAUUAGAACCAGAGAGUAAGCAAAAGACUAGUAUAAAAUCCUACAUCCUGAUCCACAGGCAGACAGAGAGCUUGGAUUUGGUGUGGGCUUUUGAAACCUCAAAACCUCAAAGUCACACCCCCUCCAACAAGGCCACACCUCCCCCAACAAGGCCACACCUCCUAAUCCCUCUAAUCCUUCUCAAAUAGUUCCACUCCCUGAUGACUAAGCAUUCAAAUAUAUGAGCCUAUUGGGGCCAUUCUUAUCUAGACCACCACAUCUGGCCACACCAGAGUGUAGAAUGUCAGCACAGGUUGCAGCUGUCCUGACACACUAACUGUUUUCUUCCAGCCUUUCUGGGAACAAAUGCCUUAUAAACAACAUUCUAAGCAAAAAUUCCCUGUUCAAGUGACAGCUGUGGCCCGAGUCCUCAUGGGUAAACACUAGAUUACCAGAAAAAGAAAAUCCUCUCAACUUCAAACAUUCUUCACAACUCUGGCAUCAAAGCAAAAUGUGAGGAUGGAGAAAUAGCUUUGUCCAGUCCCCUUCUUUCAACCAACAACAUAAUUUUUUUCCAAAAUACACACCUCAUGGGUACAAUAGGAGCAACAGCAUUCACAUAUCGAUUCAUGAUUUAAGAAAAAGCUUGGUGAGCUUCAGGCUUCUUUGUUCUGUGACAGCUAACACUAGAUCUGUUCUGUCAUCCCAGCAGGUGAGCUAGGGUAAAUUAAUUUGCAAGCUGCAUAUAAUGAGAAGACAUCACUCCCUACCGACUUUACAUAGAUGAUUGUAUUUAUGUAAGAUUAUGACACAAUACACAAUAUACAGGGCCUAACUUAAUUUCUAUAUUACUUAUUUAAUAAUGAUUCAUGUAAAGAGAUUCUUACAUGUUUGUCCUCAUAGAUGUGGUAAGUAAAGGAGAGAUGUUAGGGAACUACUGCAAUGGUAGAGUGCUUGCCUCACCUCUAUGAGGACCUGGAUUCUUAUCUCCAGCACAAUAAAAGCAAAUAAAUAAAUAAAUAAAUAAAUAAAUAAAUAAAUAAAUAAAAGGUUGGUUUUGUUUUUUGAGACAGUCACAUUAAGGAUAUUUUAUUCUGUUUGUCUCUCAUUUUUCUUGGAAUAAACACUGCCAAAUAUUUAUUGAGGAAGCCUCCUCCGAGUUAACAGUGAUCACAAAAUCUUGCUGCAGUCUAUAGAAAUGAUCUUUGGGAAGAUUCGGGGGCUAGAGUUUCUAUCUAGAAUAAUUUCUUAUUUCUUCAUUCAUUUAUUCGAGUAUCCAUUGUCUACUGUGCACUCUGCAUUAUUAUGUUAGAGGUUAAAUAGUAGUUUGCAAAACGCAGAAAACUCUAGCCUCUGAGAAGGAUUCAUGGUUAGACCUCCUUGGAGAUGUGACUCCAGGCAAAUCUGCAGAUUGGCUUUUAGGUGGGAGGUCGAACACCAUGUCCCAAAGCUGCCCCACAGAUCCCAUUUGGAUGACCCCACUUCCAUCCCCCACAUUCAUUUGGGUGACCCUUGCCCCACUCACUUGAUACCAGCUCCAGUGUAACAGCCGCUGAAGCUAUCAGGCACAUUGACUACCAUCUGAGAAGGAGCUUUCUUCUACAGACAUAAAUCAUGAAGCCUGUGAAAGCCAUCCCUGAGCUGCAGUGAGAACUAGAUACUGUCGUCAAUAACCGUGUACUGUCUAGAGCACCAAGGACUUGGCAUUCACAGGCAGAGUGAUGGAGAACAGUAGGCAACUUAGAAACAGAAAUGGCUCCUGAGAACUUCUCUGUGAGUCUCACAGCAUACCCGACAGGUAGGUAGGCAGCUCGUGUCACCAAGUGACAGACAGAACUGGCGUUGGGUGUUGGGUGACUUUUCCAUGAUCAUUCAGAAAAGGAGAAGUAGAUCGCAGAUUUUCCAAGUCCAGUGCUUUAGCUUUUCUGCCGCGCUCCCUUCCUGAUCAACUUGCAUAAAACUGCAAGAAUUUACAGAAGGAAAAUGUGGUGUAGGGUGGUGAGAAGAACAGGGCAGAAGUUAAAGUAAGGAACAUCUACAAACCUCUCCCCCUACGAAUUGGACGCCGUCGUUAUCACAAAACUUUUACAUGAAGAAAAAUGCCUGCAAGACCGUUUCUCAGCACUUGCCAGUGAGAAAUGAAUGGUCCAAACCCACAAAAACAUUUUUUCCUCCUUUUCUUAUGAGAUUUUUUUUGUCACAGCAACAAGGAAGUACAGAUGUUUUCCCACAGAUAGGAAGGUGAACCAGAUUCUCGGCUGAAGCACUUCCUGGCCACUAAUGACCAUCCGGGAUCUAAAUGAUCUUGCUCUCUGUCUGUAUCCUCUUCUCUCUGUAGAAUGUAAUAAGAACACCUCACACAUUAUUUUGCAACUUAUGCAACUUCUCUGCAAGCAAGACAAAAUAACCCAUGAUGGACAGAGACCUCGUGCCUUCCUGGUACACAUCACCUUCCGCAAGGCCAGUUGCAGCCUCAGGGAUGCUCUCCUGACUGAGCAGUACUUGAAUACUAAUUAAAUAUCAGAGAUUCUGGAUAGCCCAGGCACAGUGAUCUUGCCCAGGAUGUCCCUCCUGAGGCUGUAGCCCUUAUGGCCUUUCCUUUUGAAGCUGGCCAUCAGGAAAUUAUGUUUCAAUAGAAAGAUAGCAGACAUGAUGAAAGGUACCAAGUCACAGGGUGGUGGUGGUGUGUGUGGGUUCCUUCUUGGGAGUUUACAAAAAGGAUGGGCUGCAUCAAUACAGACUGUUAGGAGAACAAACAGAAGGGAAGGCAGGAUUAAACUGAAUAGAAACACAGGCGGAUCCUUCCUAUGGCUCAGUAACAAAAUAAAACGCGGCAAAAAUAGAAACUCAAAUCUUCCUCUUCUCUCCCACAUGAAGCUCACUGUCACACACGGAUCCAGCCUCUGUUUUUAGUUCAAACCUUUCUCUUCUCUCUUAGCUUUCCUCUGGAACCUGCUUUAGGCUGAACGCCAUCCACCUUGGGAUAAGAAGCUGCAGAACAGAACCGAAGAUGACAGAAGCGCAGACACCAGGCCCUGGAGGCUAUGAUGCCUUGUAGUGCAGCCUACCACAACUGACAGUCUCCAAGGAGACCAACUCGGCUCUCGCCCCUGAAUUCAGGAUCCUUGGGGUGUAGGAUCCUGAACACUGAGAGCCCUGUGUGUCCUGUAAUUUGGGUCUGAACAAACUGGUGCUUGAGAACCAAUGACAGGCAUCUUUCAUAUAGCACUUUUUAUGCCAGGCAGGUGGGACCCUAUUUUUGUCUAAACUAACUUUUUCCAGCACCCUCCUGGUUAGAUUAGAACCCUGCUUUCCAGAGUCAGAGUCAUGAAGUGUUUGCAGUUCUUGGCCCAUCUCCAAAGCAAAAAGCUUUCUGGUCUUGCAUCCCAAGGAGACGCCACAGGCCCACUCUACCAGGCGCGUCCUAUCCCACUGAUAGCCACAUUCACACGGCGCCUGUCUCCAUGGGUGUCCGGCAAACAAUAAUAAUUCUUUGUUCUUUCCCCAGUAAUCUCAAGUCAAUAGGCCCAGCACAGAGACAUAGCCUUUGUAAUUUAGGUGCCACAGGUAGCUUCAUGUUUGGAAGGCAGAGAAAAGAAAAUUAAUAUCCUUGCCUUGCUCCAGCCCCUGCAGUGUCCCGGUGCCCUGGAGCGCCACAGCCUGUGUCUCUCAAACCCAUUUAGGGCUCAUUUUCCUCCUCUCCCAAAUGUAGCUCUUUCCCAGGUGGAGUCUGGCAGGGGCGAACCAUCUACACGGGAACACCACAAAGUUGAAGAGGGCCAGCCGAGAGAGGUGAGGGUGUGAACAAAGAACCGGAAAGCAGGGGACAACGCUCACAGAGAGUGUAAUUCUAUUAGCUGAAAUCUGGUCUGAUCCUGAGAUAACCCCACCUCCACCACACUAGGAAGAGCACAGCGGAUCCUUUAUAAUUCUGCCAACAUAAGAAGAAUGUGAUGUGGACAAACCAAUCCGGUUUUCAUGGCAGUCUCUAACAGGCUGGUUCACGCAGAACAAGUUGUGUCAUUGGACUUCUCCACCACAAAACAGGCUGCUGACUGCAGUGUUCCCUAAUUUUCACAGAAAGGUGAAACUGAGGCACCCACUGGUCCAGGACCAAUGUCUGUUCAAGAUAAGAAUCUCAGUCUUUCUACCUCGCACUCUGACAUGCUGAAGCAUCACAUUUGGGGUGAAUCAAUGCCCCAGUGUUCAGCAAGACCCCAGAAAGGAUGGGUAAGACAGAAGCAGAAGUUUAUUGUAGCACCUCUAGUCAAAAUGAAGGAGAAGCAAGAGGUACCCCUCCUUUACCCCUGUAAAUUCUCUUUCCUUAUAAAGCCACUGCCAUUCUCUUGUGCAUUUGGGCUUGUUGUGGCUUGGUGUACUGGCUGGUUUUGUGUGUCAACUUGACACAAGCUGGAGUUAUCAUAGAGAAAAGGGCCUCCCUUGAGAAAAUACCUCUAUGAGACCCAGCUGUAAGGCAUUUUCUAAAUUGGUGAUCAAGGGGGAAGGGCCCAGCCCAUUGUGGGUGGUACCAUUGCUGGGCUGGCAGUCCUGGGUUCUAUAAAAAAGUAAGUUGAGCAAGACAGAGGAAGCAAUCAAGUAAGCAGCAUCUCUCCAUGGCUUCUGCAUCAGCUCCUGCCUCCAGGUUCCUAAUCUGUGUGAGUUCCAGUCCCGACUUCCUUCAAUGAUGAACAACAAUGUGGAAAUGUAAGUUGAAUUAAACCCUUUCCUCCCCAACUUGUUUCUUGGUCAUGAUGUUUUGUGCAGGAAUAGAAACCUUAUUUUCUAUUUUCUAAGAUAUUUGGGUACUAAAUGUCUUCCAAAAGUUCCGGCAAUGAAGAUGUGGUCCCCUACUGAUGACACACAGUUAGGAGGUGGGAGAGACCCAUUUAUUUUUCUAAAAAUAAGGCAUAAUUGAAGAAAGUGGGACAUCGGGAAUGUUUAUCUGCAAGGCACGUUGGGAGCCCCUUUCCUGUCUAUUCUCUGUUUCUAAGCCACCAUGAGCCAAGUGGCUUUUCUAGACUCUAGACUGUUCCCUUGUUACAGGCCCAAAUGUAAGGCAACCAACUGUAAAGUAAGGCCUCUGAGACAGUGAGUCAGAACAAACCUUCCUGCCCUCUACGCUGACUUCCUCGGGUAUUCCAUCACAGCAACAGGGGGCUGGUUAACAGUAGGCUGGAGCAGGUUUGACUCCUCCAUUUCCUGUCUCAAGAAUGUGACAGUUGCAAAGCUCAGCCAAGUUGGUUUCAGAAAUAUGCCUAAAAAUUCCCUCAAGUCUAGGUCAGGCCCUCCUUUACCAUGUCAGGAGCAACAACGCAAUAGCAAUGAAUGGUGUCCUGAAGGUUCUUCUUCCCCUCAGAGUUUCAUACCCAUCCAUUCUUCAAAUGUGCAAGGUGACCUACCACACAGUAGAAUUCUGGUUGUUGAUAUCUUAAGCCAUCUCUGCCUACUUGAUACCUUCGAAUGAAUGAGAACACUUUCCAAGCAUCCUUGGUAUUACCAAGUCUCCCAUUACCCCACCAAAUGUCAACUGAAGAGUCACCUUCUCUUUAGAGGCUUUUCCAGUUACCGCAGUGAUAUAAAUCCUUUUUGGCCUGGACUUUUGGGAGAAUGGUUGCUCUUGUAGUGGAGCUGCCCACUCAUGACUUCUUCCUUGAGUGGGCCAGCAGUCUGAUUCAGAAACAGAUUGUAUAAGAAAUAUAAUAAGAGAGUAUGGAGGUCAAGAUCAGAGUACUGCCUCACCUGACUGACCCUCUCAAUGAGAUGAGUCUGGCCAGCAGCUCAACCCUCUGCCAACCUACCUAUAGGUACUCUGCUCUGCCCCAGGUCCACAUACUCAGCCCAUUUCUCCUUGAUUUUUGCGCGCGCGCGCGCACACACACACACACACACACACACACACACACACACACACACAAAAACAUACCAGGCCUCUUCCAUCCCAAGAAAUAGUCCCCCCAAUCACAGACCCAGUUUUAAUUAUAAUCAGAUCUCUUUUAAUUAUCAUCAUAUGCAUGUCUCUAGAAAAAGUAGCCCACAGCCUACAUACUGUAGUUAAUGCUCAUUGAGGAUAAUUAGGUGCCGUCCACUGAGCCAAGUGAUUCACAUUAUGUUUCUGUGGCUUCCAGCUACACAGUGACACACAGACCGUUAUCACAACAGUUGAUGGACUGGUGUACUAAAACUUGCUUUGAUUAAAUAACUUCUCCAGGCCACACAAGAAAGAUGCGGCAGAUUCGGAACUCAAUCCCAUGUCAUCUGUGACGUAUGUCUUAUGAGUGGGGGAUAUUUAUCUUGUUUUCUUCACCGAUUUAUCCCCUAGGACUUAGACAAAUGUUCAAGACAGAGUGGAUGUUCAAUCAAUAUUAGUUGAAUAAGUGCGACUGUCAUGAGGGCUUCCUGUUAAUCAUGACGCUGAACUGCCUCUGUCAGCCCUCGUUUUUGCAGCUUCCUUUCUGCAGUCUGUAGUCUGCCCCACUGUGCUGCAUUUCCAGUGGCCUCCUGCUGUAUUGGCCACUCACCUCUGAUGGAUUUCCUGCCUCUUUUGCUGCAUUUUCUGUUCCAGUCGGCUACCUGUUCUAUCCCUGUUGCUCUAGUUUCUUUAUCUCCCCCUGCCUUUUCCUACUUGCCGCCCUAACAACAGUGGUCAAAAUAAACACAAAGACGUGUCGCCACACUCUUAUUUCACACAGCCCUCCUCACGUUUGGGGCAGACAGCAAGCAGUAUUGCUAAUCUAUCCUAGUGAUGAGGAAUCCUAAGUAAAUGACCAUGUCAUGUCACUUUCAGGAACCAUUGAGAAUCUGUAGUCUCUAAAAGGAGCUCUGAGCCCCCUUUGUUUACAUCGAUUGAACCGUCUGCUGGAGCUUAUGAUUGUAGAUCUAUAUCAGUAACCAGGCCUGAACUGUCAUUCCAGAUUCAUCCCUGCUACACCCAGAUGUCUCUUGGUGCUAGCCAACAUAGCUUUCUUUUUUUUUUUUUUUCUUUUUUUUUCAGAGCUGAGGACCGAACCCAGGGCCUUGCACUUGCUAGGCAAGCGCUCUACCACUGAGCUAAAUCCCCAACCCCCAAUGUAGCUUUCUAAACUAACUCACUAGUAAUGUAAACAACUGACUAGUUUGUCUUCCCUCCCUCCUCACCUUCCUUGAGUUCAUCUUGGCAAACCGUACUAGCAUCUGCCUGGAUCCUACAGCAGCACAGGGUACCGCUGUGCACAUGGCCAUCACGAGCUCCUGUACUGUCCACUGCCCACAUACACCUCUCAUCUCCUAUUGGACGCCCUAACACUGCACUUCACUGUGCCCCUGAAGCAGGGACUGUGCCUUCUGAAACACAUCCUGUGCCUUUCAAUGGGUGAAAUGCUCCGUGGUUCCUUGCCACCUAAGCGCAGAGAGCAUCAUUAGCCUCUGUCCCAUUUCUCUGCUCGUGAGCCAUUGUCCCUACAUCGUCAGCACGAGUCCUGCCACACCUUGAGCACAUCCCUUUGCUUUCUUUUACUAGUAUCUUUCUCCCUUCCUCCCACGUCUGCCACUUCCAGCCCCUUUCCCCCUAUCUCUCAUCUGUCCUUAUCACUCAUCUGUCCUGCUUCUCCUGACCCAUCCAUCCCCCUUAGCCACUGUGAACAGCUUCACUCUCUGUCCCCUGGAUAGCUGUGACAACUUUCCUUUAGGACACAAUGAUUUCACACUGAAGACAGGGCCCACUAUGGAAACCAAGAAUGCUGCUUUGCUUUUCGCAUCCAACCAAGCUCGCCCAAAUAACUCUGCUGGUACAUUCAUAAUCUUGUGAGCGCUUGAACACCAUACACUAACUUCAGUUUCCACCUGCCAAAAAGAUGCUUAGCCAGUUGGGCAUAAACGAGCGGAAAUCCUCCGCUAGAAGAGGGAUUUGUCCCAGAGAGGGUUGACUUCUCUGAACUUAAUUAUAUUUCCUUUUCAAUUACAACUGUCCUAACUAAUCCUUCAGCGAUUCUGUAGUUAGGUUACUUGUAAGUCAUGAGGGACUAUGUCAUUUAACUUAAGUUCAACACUGUGUAAUUAAACACUAGCUCCAAGGCCCAUUAUUAGGAUACUUCUUUUUUAAAUGACUGUUCCCUAAACUGGUAACUUGGGAGAGCAGGAGAAAUGUAGAUCAUGCAUUUCUUGGCCAGGGCAACACUUAGCAGCCUGUGAAUCUCACUGGAAAGCCGUGAGAUCAGUGUUGAGGAAUCCAAUGGGCAUUUGUACUGAAAUCAAAGUCAUAUCAAAUAGGAAAUGGCACAGGUUAAGUGCUGGUGAAACUUGCAAUUCAGAUGCAUAAGCACAUGUAUGUCUGUGGAGGAUUUCUUAGUCUAUGUCAUGGGAAAUUUUAAGGACUACCGAUUUAAGAGAAAUUAUUGCAUUUUGAAAUUGUUGACUAUGAAGUGACUAUGCAAUUUCAUGCUAUUGUCUAAUUUCUCUAUUUAAUUUUCUAUCCUCCAAAGUGGAAAUAAUAUCAACACUUACUGAUUGUCUGUUAUGAUGCAGUCCAGACUGCUGUCCCCGCAGCUAUGCCCUCAGCAACCUCGCCCUCUCCCUAGCACUUCAGUCAACCCCUGACUAAGACUCCAGGUAAAUCACCAGUGACUACCAGUGGCAACCCAUUCCCUCCUACAACCCCUUCCCUGAGACCUAUUGGUGACCCAGAGACAGCUUGGCUGCAUGGAGGUUUUUGUGAGACCCUGUGAGCAAUAACUCUUAUUUUGUCUGGUUGGUGGGUCUUCGGUUCCCUUCAGAGACCCCUGCCCAUCCUCUUCCCCACCAUACUUGUUUGUGAUGUUGGGACCUGAACUUCUAAAAGGAUCUGCCAUGUAAUUAUCUAUCUGUCUGCCCAUGGCAUUAAUAACUCUUCUAAUAAACACAAAAGGCC